CAUUCAAACAGAUUUGUGAAUCACACCAUAAUUUUGCUUGUUUAUAUAUAAAGGACCCAAAACCCUAAUUUGCUACACACAGGGACAGGGAGGAUUUGAGCUACUAGAGCAGCAGGACAAUUUCUCUUCCCUCACAGAACCUGCGCUUGAAAAAAUGAAGUUCAAUAUUGCAAAUCCUACCACUGGGUGUCAGAAGAAGCUCGAGAUAGAUGAUGACCAGAAACUCCGUGCAUUUUUUGACAAACGGAUCUCACAAGAAGUCAGUGGGGAUGCCCUGGGUGAGGUAUGAUAUUGCCAGCAGUUUGCUGUCUGAGCUAGUGUUUUAUAGUGAUGCUAUUCUGUGUGUUCCCAAUAUUGAUCCAUUCUUAUGUAUUUUUCAGGAGUUCAAGGGUUAUGUGUUUAAGAUAAUGGGAGGUUGUGACAAACAGGGUUUUCCAAUGAAACAAGGAGUUCUAACUCCUGGCCGUGUUCGACUUUUGCUUCACAGAGGUACCCCUUGCUUUCGUGGAUAUGGCAGGCGAAAUGGAGAGCGUAGAAGGAAGUCUGUUCGUGGAUGCAUUGUUAGCCAAGAUCUCUCAGUUUUGAACUUGGUUAUUGUCAAGAAAGGUGAGAAUGAUCUGCCUGGAUUGACAGACAUUGAGAAGCCUAGGAUGAGAGGUCCUAAGAGGGCAUCAAAGAUCCGUAAACUGUUUAACCUCUCAAAGGAGGACGAUGUCCGGAAGUACGUUAACACUUACCGCCGAACAUUUACAACCAAAUCUGGUAAGAAAGUUAGCAAAGCUCCCAAAAUUCAGAGGUUGGUGACUCCCUUGACUUUGCAAAGGAAGCGUGCUAGAAUAGCUGAGAAGAAGAAGAGAAUUUCAAAGGCCAAGGCUGAGGCAGCUGAGUAUCAGAAGCUCCUUGCCACCAGGUUGAAGGAGCAGCGUGACCGCCGCAGUGAGAGCUUGGCAAAGAAGAGAUCUAGACUAUCUGCUGCCUCAAAGCCUUCUGUUGUGGCAUAGAUUUUUCAUAUUGCUUUGAGUAAUGUUAUUUCUUAAAUAGGUUUGAUUGGUCUUCAGAAUUUGGGAAUUAACUUAAAAUGUUUCUUGCAUUUAUAACAAUUUCAAACAUCUGCAAGUUUUGGUUUCAUUUUAAUAUGUCAUGGGAUUGUUAACCAUUUCAUUGUGGUCUCUUUUUCAAUUGUUUUAAGUCCUGGUUUCAUGGUAGAUUAUGUUUUAUACAUGUUGACAGCGUAAUUUGCUGCACAGUCGAGGUUUCUUCUUUUUAUUCUUUUUCAA